UUUGGCCGUUACCUUAACCAGGCAGUGAAGGCGCGGGCUGGAGAGGACGUGCGCGUUCGCUGCCUGGUUGAUGACCCGGAUGCUCAGCGAGCGAGAGAGAAGCGCCAGCUGUGGUCCUCUCGCGCGCACUUGGUGGGGUGAGCAGAGGGCAUGAGUGUUGCUUGCCACUUGUCAGCCCAAGCCUGGAUAUUGUCCAGGUGUUGCUGAAAUUGGACAUGGAUUGCUUCGGUGUAUGAAGAGUUGCAACUGGUGCUGAACAUUGUGCAGUCAUUGGCGAACAUCUGCAUUUCUGACCUUACGAUGGAGAGAAGAUCAUUGAAGCAACUGAAGAUGGCUGGAACUUGGGUAUAAACCUGAGGAACUCUUGCAGUGAUGUACUGGAGCUGAGAUGGCUGACCUCCAACAGCCACAACCAUCCUCUUAUGUGCCAGACAUACUUUAUUUUAGAAAAGCUGAAGAAAAUUGAUGGUCCCAGCUUGGGUUAUAGUAGAAGGUUCUCAUGGAUGAAGGAGGUUCACAUACGACUGAACUUGGUACAAUGGAAAAAAAUGGCUGUCUGAAGGAUGUGGAAAAGGGUGGUGCAACCAAUCAUCUUUCCUCAUUAAUUUCUGAUGAAAAUGAAAAUCAGAUUCGUGAGACACAGAGUUCACCAUUCACUGAUGACAGGACAGAAGGAUUUGAGUGGACCAAACAAGAUUUAAUCAAUAACAAUGAAGACAGCUGUGAUAAAACUGACUUUGAGCUUAUGCAAAAUAACUGCAUGGAGAUAGACUGUGCCAAUGAAUCUGAAAUUUCGAACAGCGUUGCUAAUCGGAGUGCCGAAUUUCCACUGGGCAUAGAUACAGUUAGGACUUGUGAUUCAGAAAUGGAAAGAGAACUGAAAACCGUCACUUCUGGAACCUUGGAUGAAGUCACAGAAGAUUCUUCAGAGUUUUUAUGUACAUCACAGAACACCAUUUUAAAUGACAAACGUUCUGAAUCGGAAGUAAACUGUCAGCGAGUCGACAAGAAAAGACUUCUUCGGACUCUGCUGAACUGCAUUCAGAGAGAAACAGAGUUAAAUGAUUCCUAUAGACUGCCAUACUAUCUUCAUCAGAUCGCAGAAAUCUAUUUUGAUGAACGAGAAUAUGGAAAAGCAGUACAGUUUAUUCAACUGGAAAAGCUGUACCAUCAAACAUUUCUGGCAAACCUUACGGCUAUUCAGGAGGAAUGGGAAGUGAAACGGAAGGCAGCAAUCGCAAGGGAGAUAACAGAAGGGAGGUUUGUUAAAGCUUUAGAUGACUGCAAAAUAGUGAAGCUGUCAGAAUUCUGUGCAUCACACUCUAGACCAAAUGUAUCAGUAGACAAGGGAAAAGAUGCUGACAGGAAAGAUACUAUGGAAUGCAACUCAAGUUUUACAAACCAGCCUGUAGCUCCAUCAAGAGACCGAAGUGCAAAAUAUGCAGAUGCAUCAUUUGAAGUUGCGACAGACAGGAAAAAAUACUCUCCUGCAUCUGUACAGAUUGCAUUAACAGCCGAUAAAAGCAUUGAGAGAGACUCUGCAAUAUACUAUGCUGAAUCAUCAUUGGAAGAACAAAUAGAAGCAGAAAGAGCAAAGGGCGUGAUGCACUUUGAGACACAACAUUUGUACUCUGAAAACACUGAAAUGGAUGAAAGCUACUUUCACCCAUGUGCUACUAUGCCUUGCAAGGACAUUGUAACUGCUGCACAACAAAUCAAGACAGAGGGUUUUUCCAAGACAGGAGUUGUUAUAGACGCUAGUCCAUUAAUCCAUGCAGAGGAAACUGAAAAUCUACAUCAUGAUUUGAAAUUUGCUGGUAAAGCUCCUGAGGAAAAUGUGCAGACGCGGUUGUUGGAAUGUAACAAAACUAUUGAAUUCAUUGCAGAUGGCCUGGCUGUGUCCAAACAAAGCAAUCAUGCAUUUCAAAAACAUGUUGAAAGUGAUUCCAGUGAUUGUGUAAAUAAGGAGACUACAUCUGGUCAUUCAGAAGCAAGUAUGAGGAUAGACGACCAAGCAACAAAGCAAAGCCAGACUGAUGUUUUGAAUGAAAUAAAUGAAUGUGAACAAAUGUCAGAAAAAGUAGCCUCAAAAGCGGAAGAGGAAAUUCAGUGCAGUUCGACAUUUAGUGAGAAUUGGAUAUCCUAUGAGGUUUCAGAGAAAUGGGCGGAGGAUGAGCAUGUUGAAGCAUUCUGCAGAUCUAUACGGGACAUUGUCUCAUCUGGUCAGAAAAAUGAUACUGAUGAGUUAUUGCAGUUGAAUGACAGCUCACUUUCCUUGGAUGAGCUUGCUAAAAGGAUACAGAUAGAAGAGAAUACCCACCCAGAGGGCCUUGUGUCCAUACUGAAAAAAGGAAAUGCGGACAAAGAAAUCACAAUAGUACAACAGAAGCAGUCAAAGAGGAGAGUAAGAUUUCAGGAACCCCAAGACAUGCUAGACCAGGAUGAGGCAAAUGGACAUUCCUGCCUCCUUUUGGUUCUGUUGUGCAUUGUCACAGUACUUCUGAGUGUCGGAGGAACAGCACUUUAUUGCACAUUUGGUGAUCUGGAGUCCAAUGUAUGCAGAGACUUCACAACACAAAUGGACUUCUAUUAUGUUCAGUUCCAACAAGGUGUCGAGAAAGUGAAGCACUGGCUGUUAUUUUCCUAAAAUGAUAUAUCUGCUUAAAUAGAAUUGAAGUCAUUUUGUAAAUCAUGGUUCAGAAGAUUUAGAUUGAAAGGUUGAUAAUCUUGCUGUAUGUGCUGUGAAAUGCAACAAUCUGUAGGACACACCACAGUAAUGUCAGAGCUGGAAUUUUGGAUCUCACCAAAAUAAAUCAUAGCUUAGGAGGGCAAGUAAGGAUAAAUGUGCAAUUCCAUUAAGUGUUUGUAGAAUGUAGGAACACAGAAGGCUUGCCAGUCACUUCCAGAAACUUAGCUUUUGUGCAAUUUACCUUUUUAGUAUGGUUGGUCAAUAAUUCAUCACAUAAAUGUGAAUGUUUGCUUGUUGAUUUUGUAAAAGGUUUUAUUUGUCAGUUUAUCAUCCUUUCCCUGUUUACACAUGGUGGAAGUUGUAAUCUAUAUAGCUUUUUUCAAAACUGUUUUAAUUGUAUUUGGGUUUUUUACUGCCUCAAGUUUUUGUUUUUCAAUUAUAUACAACUCUUCUAUUAGUUUAAUUUGGCAGUGAUCUGGUUUGAAAGUUAGUCUGAUUGUAGUUCUGUCUACCACUUCACCUUGUUCCUAUUCUUUAUUUCAGCAGCUUAGUCCUUUUUAAAAAAAUGCAAAUGCACACAAAUGUUUUGGAGCAGAUUGUUACUGCUAGGGUAAAAUUUUCAUUUUAUAGUCAAAUGUACAUCACAAAGUAAAUGACUAGCUCUUAACUGGAAGUGUGAGUGAACAAGUAAGUCAUGACUCUUUAACAGGCCAUGAGAACUUCUGCCUUGUCAUCAAGUUUGUUCUGUUGAAUUUUGUUUCUUCUUAAUAAGUACUUUAACAAAAUAUGCAUUAGCGUUUCUUAAUUUGGCAGUUGAGUCAGGAUAUUAUUGGUUUGUUGCAAAAUAUUAUGCAAAAAUAAGAUUUUGAAUAAUAUCUAAUUUAUCUGCACAGCAAAUUUCCCCUUGUGAUCUGGCUGAUUGUGACCAAAAAUGCCAGUCAACUCAUUUUGAGCCGUAUUGACUAGCAUUUGUGUUUGGCUUGCCUGCCCCUUUACAGAUCAGUGAGUUCGUACAGGCCUUUUGUUGAAUUAGUUUUAUAAAUUUAUGCUGAAUAUUCAUGGGCUUGUCACUUUAAAAGCUAUCUUUCAGUGUGGCUUAUUUAAGUUUUAACCUCGCUACAUUGAUAUUUCUGUUCACUUAGAAAUCUUUUACUCUUUGCUUUUCCAUGGUACUAUAACCGCGAUGGUUGAAAGGUGCUUUAUUCCAAGGCUAAGAUAAAGUGUGAAGCUGGAUGAACACAGUAGGCCAAGCAGCAUCGCAGGAGCAUAGAAGCUGACAUUUCGGGCCUAGACCCUUCAGAGAAUCUCAUCUCUAAUGAAGGUCCCAGGCCUGAAACGUCAGCUUUUGUUCUGAGAUGCUGCUUGGCCUGCUGUGUUCAUCCAGCUUCACACUUUAUUAUCUUGGAUUCUCCAGCAUCUGCAGUUCCCAUUAUCACUAUUCCUAGGCUUCCACCUUUGCUAGCAUUGCCAGCAUGUUGUGUUCCAAGAUUCUGUUGCUUAGUUGAUCUCAAGCUUACAAAAAGACUGAUCAUGUGAUUAUAAUUUUGGGAGGAUACAUGUUUCAGUUGAUUUAUUACUAGUACAAGUGCAUGCUAUGGGCACUGAAAGAAUUGUGAUGUUUGAUGUCUGUUGCAUCACAAACAUGCACAGUCUUGUAAAAUAUGUGCUGACUCUUCACAGAUGUAUAUUAUUAACUUAAGGGAAAUUAUUAAUUCAGGCCCAUAAAUUAAUGUUUAAAAACUGCACCACUUAAGAGCAGGUCUCUAUACAAAGAUACAGAAAUGCAAAUAGAUAAUUCCCCUUACCACCCAAGUGUCAUCAUAUGUAUUUCUAAAUCUUGCUUCUCUAAUGUUUCCUAAUUCAUUGGCAACUACAACUAUUGUGUAUAAAUGAUUCUUACUGUUAAAAAGAAAUAGGUGCUUACAAUUGCACAGGUUUCUCAGCAUCUGAGAAAGAGAAUUUAACAUUAAGGUCUAAAGACCUGCUUUGCCUAUCUUUUGCUGAAUUUUUAAUUUCAAGCUUUGUUUUUGUUGUUCUUGGCAUUAAUUCUGUUUCACAAUUCUGCAUAUACAUAGUGAGCACUUACUGUUAAGCUUUUCUCAAUGGUUCUGUGUAUAAUAUAAUUCUAGCAUGUUGAACAUGAGGGUUUGCCAGUAAAUCUAUCCCUUAGGUUGAAUAAUAUUAUCAAUUAAAUAUUUCAGUAAAAGGGCCUUAAAUUUUAUAAAAGCAACUUUAUGUAUCUAUGAAGUUUCCAGCUUUUAACCUAAACUGUAUCAUGGUGCAUGAUUAUACAGUAGAGGGCAGAAUAUAUUCUGUGUUACUGGCUGGAUCAGUGCACUAUUCUAAAAUGGUAACAAUUGGGAAAUGUAAUUUAAUGUAAGAUAUGCUGUAUGUAGAGCAAGUCGAGAUUUAUUUUCCUUCUGUUUUGUAAAUUCAACUUGGCAUGUUGGCUUUUUAGAAACCUAAGAUUUAGCUUUGUAAUAUUAGAGAUAGUUAACCUCUGAAUUUGAGUGCAUAAUGUACAAAUUGUUAAAUGUUAACUUUUUAAAAUAAUGUUGCACUUAUUGCAUUCUCCAGAAAUAUUAACAGGUUCAUCUUAAUGUCAUGAAGUCUGGUGGUUUUAUUAGUAUUGGUUUGAAAUGUAAAACCUAUAUUAAGAAUUGUGAUUUGAUGAAAUUAUCUGGUAUGAAGUGAAUCAUGUAACUUCUAUCACUUGUUAUCUAUUGAGAUUGAAACUUGUGAUUUACACUGAUCUUAAAUAGAAAA